AUGGUAAAUCAGCCACAAGCAACUAGUUCCGCCACACCGGUCCAGAAUACUGAGGAUCAAGUAGCAAGUGCCUCUUCUACUGUGAACUUGAUAGAUUCAUUGCAGAAACAAUAUUUCAAAAUCAAAGAGAAUGCAGAAACCUACCCUUAUGUAUGGGCUUCCUAUAUUGUUGUAUAUGGUGGCUUUGGUCUAUGGACUGCAUAUAGAUGGAAAAAGCUUCGAAAAACCGAAGACAGAGUAAAGAAUCUUCAAGAGAAACUACGAAAGCUUGUUGAAGCUGAAGAAUAUGCUAUUUCUACUUCUACCAAAGUGGUUGAAAAGGGUUCUACAUCUUCUGAAACGCCUUCCAAGUAG